AUGGCUCCUAGCAUGGCCGGAAUACGGGAGGGUGUUCGUAUCCUCUUUGACCUCGGAUACAUGAAGGACUUGAUGGGUGAAGUUUGUUCUGUUAGGCGAGAUGGAACACAAGUUCGAAGUACAAUUGACGGUGAAGUUAAAAUCCUUAACAUUAAGAACCUACGGCGGGUUCGCGUUGUUGGCCCGGUGGAAGUGGAUGGUGUUGACAAUAUGACCUACAUUGGCAAUAUUUUGGUCACUGUGAACCCUUAUGUUGAUCUUCUUAUCGAUGGUCUUGACGUAAUGGGAACAUAUCGAAAUCAACCUAUAGCUUCAAUGCCGCCACAUGUCUACGGUAUAGCUGAAGGAAUGUAUCAGAAUUUACUGCAUGACGGUGUUGAUCAGGUCGUGAUUAUAAGUGGUGAGUCUGGUGCAGGUAAAACGGAAGCUUUUAAAAGAAUACUACGUCAUCUUGCGGCUUCCAGUGAAGGAGAUCAAAUUACAUGGGGUUCUGCUGCUCAAGGAGUGCUAGAGAGUACUCCACUUCUCGAAAGUUUUGGUAACGCUACAACCUUGAGAAAUGACAAUUCAUCUCGUUUUGGAAAGUUUGUUGAAGUCUUCUUUUCCGGUCCAUCCAUUAUUGGAGCCCGUGUAACAAAUUAUUUACUUGAGAAAUCACGUGUUGUACAGCAGUCUCCUGGCGAAAGAAAUUAUCACAUAUUCUAUCAACUUUUGAGUGGCCUCGAUAAGGAUACGAAAGAUGCUCAUUAUCUAACCUCUAUCUCCGAUUUCGCUUAUCUUCAAUACGGCAAAGCUAGUAAAGUUGCUUCAAGGUCAGAUCCAGAAGCAUUGCAGGUUCUCUUGAAUUGCUGGUCAAACCUGCGUUUCACUGGCGAAGAUAUGGAUUUGUGUCUUCGCAUUAUGUCGGGCGUACUGCAUUUGGGCAAUGUUGAGUUUGGAGAGCGUGACGGACCAAAUCCUUUUUAA